GUCGUUUGCUCUGCGACAGAAACACCGUGUAGCAUGUAUGUAGCAGCAAGCACAAGCUGCUUUGCUGGAUUUACCUGCAGUCUGCGAGAUUAAAACGAUAAUGCGAGGUUUACUGACGACUCUGUGAGUAGUAACGUUAAGGUGUCAGCAGAACAGAGACGGCUGCAGUGUGUCGACGACGAUGUGAGAGCCAGCCGCGUCUCGGCGGUAUCGUGGAGAGCUGUGCAUGUCCCGACUGCAGGAGGUGGAGGAGGGCAGCAGCUGUCGGUGUCCGGGAUGGAGACCUGGACCCCCAAUCCCCGAGCCAAGCCGUUCAUCCCCCGCCAACAAAGAAGCUUGUACCUCACCUGGAAAUACAAACUAACCAACAAGAGGGCGAUUCGUCGGUUCUGCCAGGCCGGUGCUGUGCUGUUUCUACUGAUAACUGUCAUAGUCAACAUUAAACUCAUCUUAGACACGAGAAGAGUAGCUAAUGAAGAUGCAGCAGCUCAAGAAUACGAGGAUGCAAUACCCAACAUGGAGACACCACGCAGGCCGGCUAAUGGACGCAAGGUCCUGGACAUUGAGGUGUACUCCAGCCGCUCCAAGGUCUACGUGGCAGUGGACGGCACCACUGUGCUGGAGGAUGACAUGCGGGAGCAGGGCAGAGGCAUCCACGUGAUAGUUCUCAACCAGGCAACGGGUCAUGUGAUGGCCAAGAGGAUUUUUGACACCUACUCUCCCCAUGAGGACGAAGCCAUGAUCCUCUUCCUCAACAUGGUGACCAGGGGUCGAGUUCUCAUCUUCACCAUAAAGGACGAGGGUACGUUCCACCUGAAGGAUGCUGCGAAGAACCUGCUGAAGAGUCUGGGCAGCCAGGUGUCCCUCAACCUCAGCUGGAGGGACAUGUGGACUCUGGUGGUGAAGAAAGGAGGUCAGUUGUACGGAGAAAAGCACUCAAAGUCUCCAGCUCUGUCCACCUGGGGAGACCCGGUACUGCUGAAGACUGAGGUGCAGCUCACUGCCUCUGAAGAGGCAGAGUGUCACUGGGCAGACACCGAGCUGAACAGGAGGAGGAAGAUCUUCUGCAGCAAAGUGGAAGGAUACGGCAGCAUCUGCAGCUGCAAAGACCCGGCGCCCAUAGAGUUCAACCCUGACCCUGUAAGACUUGGGUUUUUUUGGACUGUUUGUUUUAUUGAGCUGCACAUAAUAGAGGACAGAAGUGCCUAUAGUAAGUAGGGAGCUAAGCUACACUCAUUUUACAUUUUAA